AUGGCCUCGAUCAAAUCCGAAAAAACAGUGCCGAUCGAGCCCGUCUUAAAAAGCCCAGAAUCCUCGGAUGCCAACCCUGAUAGACCAGAACUACCAGCUGUACGUUUCUGGUUGCUCGCGCUCAGUUUAUGUCUCGGGUUGCUUUUGUCGUUCAUGGACUCAUCCAUCGUGGCCACGAGCUUGUUCGCUAUUGGUACUGAAUUUCAACAAAUGGAUACGGUAAACUGGGUUGCUUUGGCAUAUACGCUUUGCUAUCUUGGCUUUGCGGUUUUCUUUGCUCGACUUUCCGAUGUUAUUGGCCGACGCAAUGCAUUUGCAACGGCAUACCUGGUAUUCUUUGCCUUUUCACUGGGAUGUGGUUUCGCCAAAACCAUGAACCAAUUAAUUGCAUGCCGUGCGUUCCAAGGGAUUGGUGGCUCUGGACUGUACUCGAUUACGAUGAUCAUACUCCUCGAGACAACACCUGCCGGAACAAAACAAUUUUUGGCAAGCAUGAUUGGUGUUGUGGUCGCUGUAGGUGGUGUCCUGGGCCCGGUCUUGGGAGGCGUUUUGACUCACUACACGUCCUGGAGAUGGGUGUUUUGGAUCAACGGCCCGAUUGGGUUUGUAUCUAUGGUACUUUUCUGCCUGGCAUGGCCGAAAGCCGAGUACCUGCCAAACGUGGAACGCAGGACCUGGAAAGAGCUGGAUUACCCAGGGUCUGUCCUUCUGAUUGCUGCUGCAGUCCUCGUAGUAUUCCCAUUCCAGGAUGCUUCAAGUAGCGCUCUCUGGGAUCAAGCCAUUUUCGUGGUACCACUUGUGGUCGGUCUGGCAUGUUGGUUAGGCUUAGUGCUUUGGGAAGUCUUCAUACACAGACGCUGGGGAGACAAAAUGGCUGCCGCUUUUCCAAUGGGUUUGUUGCGGAAUCGGGCUUACACCUCAGCCGUUGUCAACACACUCUUCCUGGGCUUUCCGUUCGUCAUGUUGGUUUAUGCAUUUCCACUGCGCGUUCAGGUCGUAAACGGGAAAAGUUCGCUGGUAGCGGGUGUGAUGAUGCUGCCGUUGCUUGCAGCAAGCGCAACUGGGUCUGUUCUUGCAGGCAUAAUAAACAAAGUCAAAGACAGGACAGUUGAGACCUUGGCCCUGUCUAGCUGCCUCGUAGCUUUAGGCUGUGGGUUGCUUUCUACAAUAUCAGGUACAUUGGAGGUUGAGGCCAAAGCACUGGGAUUUCUGGUUUUCGUUGGGCUUGGAUUUGGCCUGUCGGCGGCUGGGACAACCAUGGUCGGCAAUCUGCAAUCAUCCCUGCGUGAUCACUCACCUGCUCAAGGCAUUAUCGCCCAGAUCCGAAUCCUUGGCGGCAGCUUGGGCAUCGCUGCUUCCUCUGCGAUAUUGGGAACCACCCUGAGGUCUCAGCUUGCGAGCGUCGUAGACCCAAAAUUACUCAACUCGCUCGAGAAUGCUACCAGCCAACUCACCAGCGUGCAGUUGAACGCAGUCAGGCGCGCAUACUCGGAAGCAUUUAAUGAAGACAUGCGCGUUUGUGCCAUUGUCGCAAGCGUAUCGGUGGUGCUGGCUUUCGGCGCAUGGACGAAGCCUUCCAGUCGACCAACAGUACAAGAGCGCGGGGCACAACAUCUGAAAAACGAGAUUGACAGAAGAACUGCUGCCGCAAAUGAAUACUAA